CCCUCGCCCUCCCCACACCCUAAAACACAAAUGACACUAAUUGUAUCCAAAGUGAUUCUAGGGAAAAUGGCACAGUUCUUUUCAUACUGAAUUAAAUAAUGCAAAUUAGGGGCAGGGUUCAAUCUGCUUAAGAAGUUGAUUUGGGGCUGAAUACUGAGUGUUUGAUUUAUUAUUCAAAUUCAAUUCUGUAGAUUUUGUUCUAAUUUCUUUUAGAUAGGUUCUUUCUUGAUGGGAUGGCUUGGUGUUGUGUUCAAAGGGGACAUAUCUCAGGUUUCUGAUAUUCUAGCUAUUGCGUCGACAACUGGAUAUUUGGGAAGUUUAACUACUUUCAGUGGCUGGAAUCAGAAAAUGCUUCAACUUUGUGUUAAAAGCCAUUGGGUUCUUUCUGUUGUUGGUUUUCUCAUUGGUAUAGUCCUUGUAGCUGUAUUAAUCACUUUGGGUGUUGAAACAGCACAAGUUUUCAGAUGGCUGUUAGGGAAGCUCAGCAGUAACUGGAGGGUGAACAGCUUCAAGAAGCAAAUAGCAGUUAUGGUGUUUUGGUUUUGAUGCUGAGCUUGUUGUGUGGUGUUAGUGGGUCGUUAUUGAGGAGACUAUUGGAUGAUGGUGGCAGCAGUGCUCAGCUG